AUGAGGCUGGAGAGCCGGCGAGGAUCCUGUAAUUUGGAGAAUAAAUGCUUUUGACGGCAGCAGCUGUCUCGGAGGAAAAGUGGACAGAGCGGAGGAACGCUGUGGCUCUGGAUUUUACCAUAGCAGCAAGAGACUGUGUGGCACCUGGGAAGUUUAGUGAAGAAAAUGCCUUUUGAGUUGAUGGCAUGAACUGCUUCUAAUUGGUAUCGGAGACUAUUAAGUACACUGUGGUUGAAGUCUGCCAGAUGGAUAUCUACACCUGUGAGGUCGAAAACUCUAGUGGUUUGUUUUGAAUCACUUAGAUGUAAGGCGAUGACACAUGCUUUAUCACAUGGUCUAAGAGGCAUCCACUAUACUGAGUGCACCUGAAAUGAAACGUAAAAUGACUGGCUUGAGGCAGGACGAAGGUAGGAACCUGUGAUUUCACACUUCACCUGCGGCUUCCCAGACUGUGCUGAGCAAGACGUGUCAUUUCCAGGUGUCCAGACCUGACUCAUUAGACAUCAUCUCAUCCCUGGUUGGAUUCAGCACCUUGGAUCGCUCUCUCACCUCAUCGUGUCAGCCUUCUAACCUCUUACUCUCUUCCCAUGGAGCUGCUUGCAAUACGAAACAAGUGGUGCAGAUUCAUUUGCCUCCCAGCAGCCUGAGUUGGACUCCACGGCACUAGAAAUAGAGAGCAGCCGGAACUAUUCUGGGCACCACGUUACGUGGAACAAGAAAAACAUCAUGUGGAAUCAGUCCGGCUACUGCAACCACAUACCUCACCCUGGAUGUCCCUUUUACCAUGCUCCAUGCAGUCACAACCAAAGGACCACAUCAUUUUGUCAUCCUGUAACCGGACAGAUUUCCUCAGAGAACGUGGACUUUCUCCUGCAAGAACAGUCGCAGGGUCCGCGCAUGAUGUCCAGGUACACAGGUGAGCAGCUUUCCAGCACCACUGUGAGUGAGGCUUCCACCGCCAUCACCUCCUCCACUGUGGACUCCACAUCAGCCUCAAAGGCCUCUCGGUCCAGUGGGAAGAUUCACAGCUUUGGGAAAAGAGAGCAAUCCAUCAAGCGGAAUCCUAAUGUGCCAGCGGUGGUCCGAGGAUGGCUGUACAAACAGGACAGCUCUGGUAUGCGUCUUUGGAAGAGGAAGUGGUUUGUCUUGGCUGAUUUCUGCCUUUUCUACUACAAAGACAGCAGAGAGGAGUCUGUCUUGGGCAGUAUUCCCCUGCCCAGCUAUGUCAUUUCACCCGUGGGACCUGAGGAUCACAUCAGCCGCAAGUAUGCCUUUAAGGCUAGCCACACUGGUAUGCGUUCAUACAUUUACAAGCAGAGCUCUGUGAUUGGCUCGCAGGCAGAGCACACUGGGAUGCGGACGUAUUAUUUCAGCACCGACACCCAGGAGGACAUGAGUACCUGGCUGAAGGCCAUGAACCAGGCCACACUGAUGCAGAACCAUCUUGACACACUCAGACCUACUGACAAAGUCAACAAGUUAUUGCAACAGGCUGUUCCACAGACAAACCACGUGAGCCACCAGAAGACACGGACUUUAGACUCUGAGACCACAAAAGCAAUUGUCCACGAGGUUCUGCUGGAACCCAUUCACCGUAACACAGCGGAGCUCUGCAGCUUUCACAAAGACACAGGUGCCAUCACACUGGAGCGGCCCCUAGGAAGCAUUGCCCUGGAAAUGGACACACAGAGCUCCCUUCCAUCCAACCCUCCAGCCACUGGCCUCCCACUGUUGGACCACAUGUCCGCCUCAGCUCCCGUGUCCAGAGUGCCAUCCCGCGCUCCCUCACGAGCCACCUCAACGUUGCCCUCCAGCGUUUGCACAACAAACGGCCUGGUCUCCAUGCCUAGCCCCAUCUUAGAGCCCAACGGCAUCGCAGCGGGGACGUACCAGAGGGUGCCAGAGGCAGCAGUCUCUGACACAUUCAAGCAUGUGCAGAGGAGAAACACUCUGGAGCAGGUGGAGCAGUGGGUCAAAGUCCAGAAGGCUGAGCAAAGGGGCCCCUCCUCCAGAGAAAACACCCUUCCCCGUCGUACGCCACCAACCCAGCAGAAGUACACCUCCAUCGAUGCCUAUCAGACGUUGCCAAAAACUCCACGUCACAGCCCACCACCUGGUCGACUUGGCGAGUACAAGUAUGCUCACGACCGCAUGAGCCACUUCCGACUCACCCCAGAUCAGGUGGGUCCAGGGUCCAACACUGUGUUGCAGCUGUAUGAAUGGCAGCAGCGCCAGCAGUUCCGUCACGGGAGCCCCACGGCACCGAUCUAUACCCCGGCCCCGGAUUACCCGUUCGGCCCCCGCCCCCCGUCCACCGUGCCGCCCUCCUCCUUACGCAGGUCAGAUGGGCCUCCUCGCUGUGUGUCGGUGCCGCCUUCAGCCACAGACAUCCCUCCACCGGGGCCUCCACCUGGUACCAGCAGAACACUGUCACCAAACCGAAGGCCUCAUACUCCUGCCGAACGGGUGACAGUAAGACCCGCGGGUGAUAUGCCGGGGCUGAACAUCCCCUUCACUGUGUCUCCCCGUAGGACUAAAUCUCAGAUGCUGAAGGCUGCUACUAUUGAGAGACGCUCAAUGCAUCCAACUGGCUACAUCACUCACACAGUCAGUGCACCCAGCCUUCAUGGCAAGACGCCCGAGGAGCUCACUCUGCUCCUCAUUCAGCUGCGACGCCAUCAGGCCAAGAUGGCCUCUGUACGCCAGCAGGCCUUAGCUCAGCUCAAGAGGCUGAGUGCUCCCAGAGAGUCCUGCCAUCAGAACCAGCUCCUUACUACUGCCGCUGCUGGUGACAGCCCCCUCCUCCUCAGCGCCACCCCAUCUCCUGAGUCACACCUUGGAGAUGUUGACCCUUGCAGCACCCAGGCCGAUGACACGUACAUGCAGCUGAAGAAAGACCUGGAAUAUCUGGACCUAAAGGUAGCUGGAAGUCAGACACUGAAGGAGGCAGGGAAACCUGUCAAGGUGGCGGAAAGUGAUGUGGAUGUGAAGUUGAGUCGCUUAUGUGAACAGGACAAGAUACUCAAGGAUCUGGAGACGAGGAUCAGCUCCCUGAAGAACGACAAGGACAAGCUGGAGAGAGUACUUGACAUGUCUCACCAGCAGAUGGAGCAGUACCAGGAGCAGCCGGCCCACGUCCACAAGAUAGCCUACCAGCAGAGGCUGCUGCAGGAAGAUCUGGUGACCAUCAGGGCCCAAAUUUCUUGCGUCUCAACGGAAAUGGCUAAUGCGUGGGAGGAAUACAACAGGCUCGAACAAUCAGUGGAGCAGCUAGGGCUGGCACUGCAGGCACACAUGACCCGGAGUGACACGUCUCAGCAGGAAAAGGCUGAGCUGAAGCGUGAGCUGUGGAGGAUCGAGGACGUCAUAGGCGGGCUUAGUGUCAGCAAAACCAACUACAAGAUAACAGUUGACUCUAUUCAAAAUCCAGCAGACAGGAGAUUAGUGCCUUCAGUGACAGACCAGGCAGUGCCUUCCCACAGUACAGAGGUCCAGCCUCCUCCUCGUAGCUCCAUCUCCCACACUUUGCCUCACAGCAUCGUGCCAAAGUGGGCAGAGGACAAUGCCCCACCCCGACCACCACUGCCUCAUCUCUAUGACUACGAGGAGACCCCCCCUGUGGUGCCCCCUCUCCCCAAAGAGGCCUCAGUCAUCCGCCACACAUCGGUGCGAGGGCUCAAACGGCAGUCAGAUGAGAGGAAGAGGGACAGGGAGUGUGGCCAGUACGUUGCCAAUGGGGAUUGUAAGACUGAUUUGAGGUCAUACCUGAGUGAACCAGAACUUCCAGGAAGAAGCCUCCAGAUGACAGGGUCCGAUGCCGACUACCAGCAUUAUCCAAGCAAAGGAACCACAUUUCAGCUGGACCAGUCUAAGUCCAUCUCGUCCUACGUCACCCUGAGGAGAGGUCCUGGCAGCUCUGCACCAAAGGACAGACCCAAGAGUGCUUUUGAGCGUCUGUUGUCUCCUACGGAGGGUGAGCAGCUCCCGAGCAGCCAGCCUCGAGGCCGAAUGACUGCUGAGGAGCAGCUAGAACGGAUGAAACGCCACCAGAGGGCACUGGUUCGCGAGCGCAAGAGGAACCUCAGCCAUGGUGACCGCUCCUGCACGGGCCUGUCCACGUCGCAGCGCUCGUCAUCCUCCUCCAGGCUGCCCUCCAGCCCCUCCGAUCCUAACUCCUCCGUGUUUGACUGGCAGAAGGAGCGACCUGGAGCAGAAGGUCAGAGCAAUGAAGGACUGAAUCAAGUCAAAGAGAGUGAAAGGAGGCAAUCAGACGGGUGGGUGACGGUCACCGCCAGGCGCAUACAGGAGGUGGACUUGGAACCCCUCGACUAUGACCUGGAUAUCAGCCGGGAGCUGUCUAAACCAGACAAAGUUCUAAUCCCAGAACGUUAUGUAGAGUCUGAUCCAGAGGAGCCUCUUAGUCCUGAGGAGCAAGAGGAACGUUCCCAACGGGCUGAACGCAUCAAAAAUCUUCUCACCAAGUCCAGUGUUCAGAACAUCCAGCCAUUUUCAGUGAGUGAUUUCAGUGAGCUGGACACUGCUAUGCAGCAGCAGAAGAGGAUCAUGAGUGUCUCCCACGCGUUGGCCUCAGAGGCUUCACGCAAGAGCAAACUGGUUGCAGCCAAAGCUGCUGCCCAGCACUGAUCCACAGGACCAGCAGUGGGGACAUUCUGUUAAAUAGAAGGAAGCUCCAUGCAGAAGGAUCACAUCAUUUUUCUUCAAAUUAACUUAUUCAUUCAUUAAAACUGAUUUUUUAUAAUUAUUGAUCUAAUACAUAUUUUUCAAAGCGCUUUUGACUUUAUUGCUUCUGCACUUACAUUGCACACUUUAUGGUAAAUCAUUAAAUGACUGAACUUCC